AUGGUCAAAGGCGUCGACGUGAAAAAGAAAGUCCUCAAGCGGAAAUUCAAAAAGAUGAAGGAGGCCAACGAGAUGGCAAAGAAAAAGAAGAAAGUGGAGAGGCUUGUUCAACAAGAAGAAGCAUCAUCUGAUGAGGAGCACCCAGCAAGUGAUGAUGGAAAGCCCGAUGUGAACGAACUUAAUGGAGAAUCUAAUGAUGGAGAUGGAACCUCGACACCGGAUGUAGUCAACUUUUUGUCGAAGCAAAAUUUCGAUUCACUGAAGGGACGUGUUUCUGAUGCGACGCUAAAGCAAAUUUCUUCGAUGGGUUUUACGACAAUGACGGAAAUUCAACAUCGUACGAUAGAGCCACUUUUGGAGGGACGAGAUGUUUUGGCUUCAGCAAAAACUGGCUCCGGGAAAACGUUGGGUUUUCUUGUUCCCGCAAUCGAAUUGCUCAUCAAACUUGAUUGGAAAAUUCAUAAUGGCACCGGCGUUAUGAUUAUUUCCCCAACACGCGAAUUGUCGAUGCAAACAUACGGUGUACUGAGUGAACUGCUUGAAGGGCAUCCGCAUCUGACACAUGGCCUAAUUAUGGGCGGAUCAAAUAGAAGCACCGAAGUGGAGAAACUUGCCAAGGGCAUUUCAAUUCUUGUGGCUACUCCCGGACGUCUUCUUGACCAUCUGCAAAAUACGAAAGCUCUCGACGUGCACAACUUAAAAUGUUUGAUCAUUGAUGAGGCUGAUAGAAUCUUGGACAUUGGUUUUGAGAUCGAAAUGCAGCAAAUUCUUCGCUAUCUUCCGAAACGACGACAAACAAUGCUCUUCUCAGCCACGCACACUCCUAAAGUUGAUGAGCUUGUUCGGCAAGCCUUAGAAUCAAACCCUCUAAAAGUUGACGUGCAAUCGAAAGAAGAACGAGCCACCGUCGAAGGAUUGGAGCAGGGUUAUGUGGUGUGUCCGUCGGAGAGACGUUUCCUUCUGCUAUUCACUUUCUUGAAGAAAAAUAAAGGCAAAAAGAUUAUGGUCUUCUUUUCAUCGUGCAAUAGUGUCAAAUUCCACUACGAGUUGCUCAACUACAUCGAUCUGAAAGUCGAGUGCAUACAUGGUAAGCAAAAGCAACAGAAACGAACAACGACCUUUUUCGAGUUCUGUCGAGCCGAAAGUGGCAUUCUGCUUUGUACAGAUGUGGCUGCUAGGGGCCUUGAUAUUCCAGCGGUUGACUGGAUCAUUCAAUUCGACCCACCAGAUGAGCCAAGAGAAUACAUUCACAGAGUUGGACGUACAGCUCGUGGAAAGGAUGGAACGGGAAACGCGUUGAUCAUUCUACGACCCGAAGAGCUCGGUUUUCUUCGUUACUUGCGCCAAGCGAAAGUGGUGUUGAAUGAAUUUGAUUUCAGCUGGAAUAAGGUUGCAAAUAUUCAAUCGCAAUUAGAGGAACUUAUUGGGAAAAAUUAUUAUCUCAACAAGAGCGCCAAGGAGGCGUAUAAAUCCUACGUGAGGGCUUAUGAUUCGCAUUCAUUGAAGGAGAUUUUUGACGUUGGAGGCCUUGAGCUUAUCUCUGUCGCGAAAUCUUUCGGAUUUACCGUGCCACCAUUUGUCGAACUUCCGAUUGCGCACAAGAAUAGGGCCGAAGUGCGGAACAAGUUAAACGGAGCCGGAUACAAGAAACGAAAGCAAUUGUCAUUCACUCAAAAGAAGAAGCAUCACGGA